AUGGAUACUAUCCGGUCGCAAACCCAGGGAUCUAACUCCCAAAACUCGAUCCCAUCGGAUCAGAUCACCUCGAACAUCAGUAGCAGCCAAACUGCUGAUGCAUCGAGAGAUCAGAUCGCGUCGAAUGUUGGUAGCCGCCAAACUGCCAACACUUCGAACACGCCGAUCACAUCUGCUACCGCCUCCACUGGAGUGCAGCUUAGCACUCCACCUCGCGUGGAACCAGUGGUGAUCAAUCUCGCCACGCCGGUAGCAACCCCGAGCCCGAUUCUACCGAAUCUGGGUUCGCACACCAUCGAGAGACCUCUCUCUCGAGUUUGGGUCAGAUCGGAAGAUCCCCCAACAACUGUGACUCCACAGAGUCGGACUAUUCCUGUUCGACCUGCAUCUGCGACGCAAACUCCUCCGCGAGCUAGUCCAGAUGAUCUGGCACAGAUCAAACAGCUUCUCACCAACCUGGUAAACGGUCAGCGCGACCACGAAACUAGGCUGGAGAGACAUGAGAGACGCCUCGCUGAAUCUCGAAACAUCACUAGCCCGCCUCCGCGGACUCAGCUCGAUUUUUCGACGAUCUACGCAUCUGGCGUACCUCAGGCGCAAUUCGUUACGCCUUCGCGACCUCAAGUCUCUCAGACUUUCGGUCCACCGCCGAGCUCGCCACCAGUUGGCAUAAAUAAUACGAGCUCGCACCCAAGCGAGACGAGAGCUCAACCGAACGUUCCGCUCUCAUCUCCACCCCCAGGGCCACCUGGUACCGAUCCAGCUAGGCCUAGGUGGUUUGGCGCUUCAGCUUUUGCCUCGAGCUCGCAGGCAAUGCCUCAGUUUGAGAAUCAGCUAGGCGCGACAUACGGUUCACAGCCCUCCGCAACAGCGCGAGAGCACGUGAACGGGAAUUAUCAACAAUUCCCUAGCUCGAACGCUAAUCGGAAUCCAGCUGAUCCACGUAACCUCGUCGACAGCGAAUCUUUCGAAAGAUUCCAAGAUCGCACAGACCUCGCGUUUCAGCAUAUGAGCUCAAUGUUUCAUCAAGCAACGAGCUCAGCUCCUGAUAUCGACAGAGUGAUUAAAGAGUCUAGACGAACUCCUUUUUCACUCAGGAUCAAAAGUACCUAUAUCCGAGAUACCAGCAAGCUGCGUAUCCCAGAAUACUCUGGUAACAGCGAUCCGAGAGCUUACAUGCGAGCUUUUAACCUCGUCGUAUCUCGAGUUCCUUUCUCUCCAGAAGAGAUAGAAGCAGCCUACUGCAGGCUCUUCGCUGAGAACCUGAUCGGACCAGCUCAAGAAUGGUUCUCAACGCUGGACGAAAACUCAAUCGAUAAUUUCGACCAGCUCCAAUCAGCCUUCCUAAAACAGUAUUCGAUCUUCAUCGAAUCUAAAAUUACGGAAGCAGACCUUUGGAGACUUUCUCAAGGUCCAAAGGAAUCACUUCGAUCUUACAUUGACAGAUUCAAAUCAGUCAAAGCUAAGAUCACAAACCCUAAUGAGGCAGUAGCUCUACUUGCCCUCAAAAACAACUUGUGGUACGAAUCGAAAUUUAGAGAAGAACUAACUGUUCGACCUACAAUUUCACUAGAUGACGCAUUACAUCGCGCAUCAGCAUUCGCAACUCUCGAGGAAGACACAGCUCUCCUCAGAGAAAAGUACCUCAAAGGGGAGCUCGCAUAUGCUCCACCAGGUGCUAAGAAAACUGCACCAGCUAAACCACCUUCGCAGAGUAAAGGACAACAUUCCUACUCUAUCGAAACUUCAGCUCCCAUAAAGAGCUCGGAGGAAGAAGAGAAACACUGCGAUAUUCACAAUACAAACGGCCAUUCCACAGAGGAAUGCCGUGCUAAAGGCAAAAAGUCUAGCAAAAAGAAGGGAAAAAGCAAAACAGCUGAAACCGCGGUUAAGGCCGAAAAGCCAAAACCCAAACCAGCUAAAGACUCCGACAACGCACCUCAGAAAAGAGAACGCGAAGUCGAGGUCGAAGCCCCCGAUUCCCCUCCUUCUAACAGGAAAAGAAUCGACCUAAUCUUCGGAGAGCUCAGCCUUUGCGGCGGCUCAACGAGAUCCGUGGUCACCCCCCCACCCGCUCCUAGAAAGGCUACGAGCUCUAGCUCACACAGACCUCCUAGACUUGUCGGGGGGAUAGAGCAUUCUUACAGAAGCUCGCCUGUUACAUCACCUACCUCCAGACCCGAUACUAAGAGCAUUGCGAUCUCUUGCUUACGCAGACUUCACAAGCUCUCGGGGGGAGUAGAGCCACCUACCCCUAAACGAAUUGACUUCAUUUGCGGUGGCUCGAAGAUGUGCAAAGACUCGAUUAACUCGAUCAAAGCACAUCAGCGACGGGUCGAGUCAUCUGGACAACCACGUCCUCUAGACGGACCUGAUCACGAAAUCAAAUUUCGAGAAAGCGAAACACUCGCACUCGAUAAACCUCAUGACGAUGCACUCGUAAUCGAGCUCGCCGUAGCCGGAUUCGAGCUGACCAGAGUCAUGAUAGACACAGGAAGCUCUGUAGACGUGCUGUUCUACGAUGCUUUCAAGCGAAUGGGAUUCGAAAACUCCGCACUCAUAGGAGGCCGUACGCCCCUAACUGGGUUCGCAGGAGAAACGACCUAUUCCAUGGGAACUAUCCAGCUCCCAAUCAAAGCAGGUGGUAUAACGAAAACAGUUGACUUUGUGGUCGUAGAUCGCCCCGCGCCAUUCAAUGCCAUUCUCGGCAGGCCGUGGCUCUACACCAUGAAAGCAGUUGCAUCCACUUACCACCAAUGCGUCAAGUUCCCUACACCUUGGGGAACAAAAACAAUUCGCGGUUGCCAACGAGCUUCCCGAGAUUGCUAUAUGGGCAGCUACUUGCGAGCCGAAAAAUCGCCAGUUUGCAUCGACGAAACCGACCCCGAAAGGCGCGUUGGUAUCGGAAUCGAUCUCGCAAAACCUAUCCGUGACGAGCUGAUCGCCUUCCUAAAGGAAAACAUCAGCACAUUCGCAUGGUCCACCGCGGACAUGCCCGGGAUUGACACUAGGAUCACGUCUCACGAGCUGAACGUAGAUCCCACGUUCAAACCCAUGAAACAAAAACGUCGAAAACUCGGCCCAGAUCGGGCUAAAGCAGUAAACGACGAAGUAGACCGACUACUCAAGCUCCUCCGAGGAAAUAAAAAAUUCCUCUGGGACGAAAAAUGCGAAGAAGCUUUCAAACAGCUCAAAACUUACCUCAGCGAACCUCCUAUACUGGCAAAACCAGUAGAAGGAGAACCGCUAUACCUUUACAUCGCGGUCUCGCCUGCAGCGGUCAGCGGGGUCUUAGUUCGUGAAGAGCUAAACGAACAAAGACCAAUCUUUUACGUAAGUAAAUCCCUGAUUGAUGCCGAGACUAGAUACCCAGCUAUGGAAAAACUUGCCUUAGCAAUAGUAAUGUCCGCUCGCAAGCUGCGACCUUACUUUCAAUCACACACAAUCGUGGUGAUGACCUCGCAACCAUUGCGAACUAUGCUACAUAGUCCAAGUCAAUCUGGACGACUAGCUAAAUGGGCUAUCGAGCUCAGCGAAUACGACAUCGAAUAUCGAACUAGAACCUGUGCUAAAGCCCAGGUACUAGCUGAUUUCAUGAUCGAGCUGGCACCGGAAGCCAAUAACGAUACCACCCUCUCUAAAGUUUGGACACUCUUCGUAGAUGGAGCCUCGUCCAAACAAGGAGCUGGCGUCGGAAUCAAACUCACAUCUCCAACCGGAGAAGUGAUCGAACAAUCGUUCAGACUCGGAUUCGUCGCCUCUAACAAUGAGGCCGAAUACGAGGCACUCAUAGCCGGACUCCGACUCGCAAUCGGGAUCGGCGUGAAUGAGAUCAACGCAUUCAGCGACUCCCAGCUCGUUACUAGCCAAUACAGCGGCGAGUACGAAGCAAAAGAGGAGCGCAUGGAAGCUUAUCUCAAAGUAGUUCGAGAUUUAGCUGGACAAUUCAGUAAAUUCGAACUAACUAGGGUGCCUAGGGGAGAGAACACUUCGGCUGACGCCUUAGCUGCUCUCGCCUCCACUUCGGACCCAACUGUAAGACGUGUGAUCCCAGUCGAAGGCAUAGAUAAACCUAGCAUCGACAUCGCACUCAAGUCUGACAGUAUAAACGCAAUUACCUCGCGCCCGUCUACUCGUUCUCAAACUAGACAGUCCCAAGAUCCGGGACCAUCUAACCCGGAACCUGAUUCCGAGGAAGAAGAACCUGACCAAGAUAGGCAAAAAACAAGGUAUAUCGAUUCGGACUCUUCGCAAAAUACGCAAGAGUCCACGAUCCAUACCGUCCCAUCUGCUAUGGCGAACGAACUCACCUUAAAGGAAGAGUUCGCGCGAGACCCGACUGGAGAACUCCUAUAA